UCAUCCACAUAGAAACAUGACUCUGAAUAUAUCGAGCCUCUCUCUCAUCCUUGAGCUCUUCAUAAUCCAAAUUUCUGCUUAUAAAGCAGCAUUUGGUUCUGACAACGAAACAGAUUACCAAGCAUUACUGGCCAUCAAAAUCCAGAUAAGCUCAGCAGAAUCCUUCGAUGCACUCAGCUCGUGGAAUGAUAUGAUCCACUUCUGCACUUGGCACGGAGUAGCCUGCAGGAAGAAGCAUCGGCGGGUAGUUUCAAUUGAACUCCCAUCACUUCAACUGGCGGGUUAUCUGUCUCCUCGUGUUGGAAGCUUACUUUCCUUUGACUGCUUAACCUUAGUGACAACAACUUCAGAGGGACAAUACCUCAAGAGAUCUAUCACUUGUCGAGGCUAAGAACUCUUGCUGUGUUCAGUAAUUCUUUCCAAGGAAUCUCACAAGUUGCAUAAGCCUCUCUGUCCUACCGCAUUGCAGUUGCCAAGCUGUAAAGAAGUAACACUGAAGAAACAGAGACAGAAAACUGUCUCCGAGGAUAGUCUUGGCAAUCAUUUAUAUCGGUCCUCCACUUUCUCUCUAGCAGCAGGAAUCAUUGCGAUUGUUCUCUAUUGAUAAAAAAAAUCGAGAAGGGAAGCAGCCUUAGCUUCUUCGACCAAGGAUAACAAUCCUAAGCUUACAUAUUGGGAACUUUCACAAGCGACAGACAGGUUCCCUACUAGAAAACUGAUUGGAGAAGGGAGCUUUGGAGCAGUCUAUAAGGGAAUCCUGCCUAGCACUGGACAAAUCGUUGCCAUCAAGGUUCUCAAACUUCAAGAGCGAGGAGCAACGAAGAGCUUCAUGGCCAAGUGCAAGGCCAUGAGGAACAUUCGGCAUCAGAACCUUGUCAAGACUAUCACGUCUUGCUGAACCAUCGAUUCCCGUGGUGAAGAUUUUAAGGCUCUAGUGUUUGAGUUCAUGCCCAACGGGGGAGUCUCGAAAAGUGGCUUCAUCCAGUCCCCGAUAUGACAGGAGCAAGCAGUAACACAACACUCAGUAUGGUGCAGAGGUUGAACAUAAUGAUUGAUGUCGCCACAGCAUUGGACUAUCUUCGCCACUGUUGCUGCAUACCGAUAGUACACUCUGAUUCGAAGCCGAGCAAUGUCCUUCUAAACAGUGAUUUUUCGGCACAUGUAAGUGAUUUCGGUUUAGCAAAGUUUCUCGUGAUGAAAGAAUCAUCAGGAACACAGACAAGUUCGCUUGGCAUUAGGGGAACUAUAGGCAAUAUCGCACCAGAAUACGGUGUUGGUGUGGAGGUAUCCACGAAAGGGGACGUCUACAGCUAUGGGAUUCACUCGCUCGAAGUUUUUCACGGGAAAAAAGACCUACUUGUUUCUCCGUGAUUUUGUUGAGCGAUCACUUGUUUCUUUCUAACGGGUUGAACCCAGGUGAUAGAUCCACAGCUUUGUUUGGGUCAAGUACAAGGCAACCUCCACGAGUGCUUGGUGUCAACCCUUAAAAGUCGGCCUCAUGUGCUCGGCUACACAUCCGGAUGAGAGGAUUGGAAUUGGAGAGGUAGUGGUAGAGUUGCAAAAGGCUUGGAAUGUUCUUCGACUUCCUAAUAGGGGAACCAUUGUACGGGGAGUAAGGAUAGCUAGACCCAGCAACCACUGCUAUAUAUAUCUAUAUAAAUGUUCUUCGACUUCCUAACAGGGGAACCAUUGUACGGGGA